AUGCUAGCAGAAAGCGAGAUCAACACGUCCCCGGAGCUUGAAGACAGUCUCAAGGCCUCGUCGGACCAGGCAGCAUCCCUUCGACACCCUUUCACUGUACCCACGCAUCUUACCAUGCAGUACGGAGUUUGUAUCAGCCGGAGAGACGUCUGGGAUAUCUACUCUGCAAUCGCCUACACCCACAAUCAAGGCACAGAGUGGUUUGGCCGCACCAUCACAAGUGGGCGAAGGCAGACUGGUCUCGGGACUGCACAUCCUCUGUACACUAUCAAACAAGAAGAGAUCAAUAACAACGCCGCCCUUCAGCCGCUCCCGAAGCCACUGCAUCCGAAUGUGACGGUGUUGCAUCAUGUGUUCUGCAAUAACGCGACAAUUUCUUUCGUGUACGAGGAAAUGGACAUGUCCCUGUCGCAGGUUUUGUCGCAUCCUCUCGAGCCUUCGAUCUCGUAUCCAGCACAGAGUCACCGAUUGAUUGGGGCGAUUUUCAAGCAGAUCGAAGCUGAUAUCCAAGCUCAGAUCCUGUGCGGUGUCGAGUACGUGCACCAACGACUUCACGUCGCGCACGGCGGCCUUUGUUUGUCUAAUGUCCUGAUGAAUCGCAAUGGCAUUAUUAAGCUGGGUUCGUUCGAUCGAGUGAUGAAUAGAAACCAUCAAUCACUGAUCUGA